GAUGCUUCAUCCAAGUCAUUUAAAUGAUCAACCAACCCUCAAUUCUCCUUUACCUUCAAAACGAUCUUUGAACCUUCGUGAAAUUUGUUCUUUAUUUAUGAAGAUUUGUGAAGGUAUUAUCCAUCGAGAUUUAAAACCUUCUAAUUUACCAUUACAAUAUGAUAACUCGGAAGAUUUGACUGGAAUGUUC